AUGGAGCAAACAUGUGAUGAUAUAGAUGAAAUGUUCAGCAAUUUACUCGGGGAGAUGGACAUGCUGACCCAGAGUUUAGGAGUGGAGACUGUACAACCUCCAUCCCCCAAAGUAUCCAACAAUGAAUGUAGCUUUACAGUUGGUUUUAAAGAUUUAAACGAAUCCUUAAGUGCCCUAGAGGACAAAGACCUGGAUGCUUUAAUGGCUGACCUUGUAGCAGACAUAAAUGAUGUUGAACAGAGAACUUUACAAGCACAGAAAACUUCUUCUGGCAACCAGCAAAGUACGGUCACUCAGCCUUCAACAGGCUUGGAUAGUGACAUUUAUUCUAAAUCAAGUCCCUAUGUUACCAUUACUGGACGGUUUGGGGAUGAUUUGCCCCCUCCACCUCCAGACCCUGAUUUAGACCUUCCGCCACCACCACCACCACCUCCUCCUGAGCCACUCACCCAGGAAGAACGAGAGGCACAGGCUAAAGCUGACAAGAUUAAACUUGCAUUGGAGAAACUGAAGGAAGCCAAAGUUAAAAAGCUUGUUGUCAAGGUGCACAUGUACGAUAACAGCACAAAGUCACUAAUGGUGGAUGAGCGUCAGGUGACACGGGAUGUUUUAGACAAUCUCUUUGAGAAAACCCAUUGCGACUGCAACGUCGACUGGUGUCUGUAUGAAAUGUACCCAGAGCUGCAAAUUGAAAGGUUUUUUGAAGACCAUGAAAAUGUUGUUGAAGUGUUAUCGGACUGGACUCGAGACACUGAGAAUAAGAUUCUGUUUUUGGAAAAAAGUGAAAAGUAUGCUUUAUUUAAAAAUCCCCAGAAUUUCUACCUGGCAAACAAAGGGAAGAAUGAAAGCAAAGAAAUGAAUGAUAAAAACAAAGAAGCUUUACUGGAGGAAAGCUUCUGUGGGACAUCUGUCAUUGUGCCAGAGCUUGAAGGGGCCCUUUAUUUAAAAGAAGAUGGAAAAAAGUCCUGGAAGAGGCGUUAUUUUCUUCUACGAGCUUCUGGAAUUUAUUAUGUACCCAAAGGAAAAACCAAGACAUCACGGGAUCUGGCAUGCUUCAUUCAGUUUGAGAAUAUGAACGUUUAUUAUGGUUCUCAACACAAAGUGAAAUAUAAGGCACCUACAGAUCACUGCUUUGUCUUAAAGCACCCCCAGAUUCAAAAGGAGUCACAAUAUAUCAAGUACUUAUGCUGUGAUGAUCAAGCAACCCUGCAUCAGUGGGUAACAGGAAUAAGAAUUGCCAAGUAUGGCAAGACACUAUAUGAUAAUUACAAAUGCGCAGUGAAGAAAGCUGGCUUGUCCUCUCGGUGGGCAAAUCAAGGAACAGUGGAACCAGCUGCCCCCACAGGAUCCUUAUCAGCAGGUGCUGUUCAGGCGAAUGGACAGAUUCCUCAAAUUGUUCGUCGUUCCAGUGCAGAGUUUCCAGAGACUCAGAAGAAAGUGGAUGCAUCGGAGGCUAAGUCAAAUAACAUCAGUGCGCCUGGCCUGGCACAGUCAGUGAUGAGGCCACAGAAAUACCAGAGUAAGAGGAACUCACUGCAGCCUCCUCCUCCACCUGAAAGGCGGUCAUCUGCUAUUUCUGUUUCACCAAUUCUACCCUCCAAAGUCAAACGAGACAGCGGCAUUUUCCUAACAGAUCCAGACAGCUUUCCAGCUCCGCCACCUACAUUGAAGAUUGAUUUUCCACCACCACCAUCUGAUUUCUGCGAACCUCCUCCUGAUUUUGUGCCUCCACCACCACCAGCCUCCAGCAGCGGUAAUGGAGACCUGCCAUUACCCCCUCCACCUCCACCUCUCUCCAAUAAGCCACCACCUCCGACAAAGAAACCUGUGCCACUUCCUUCAAAAAGGCCAGAAAACACAGGACAAGCUGGAGAGCCACAGUCAGCUGGGCCACCUCCGAUUGGGGGUGGAGGCAGGCAAGCAGAUUUCAUGUCUGACCUAAUGAAAGCUCUUGAGAAGAAAAGGGGCAGCAGCUCCUGA